UGUGCUCCCCCCUCCGGGCUGACUUGGUAGGGCCCAGCUCCUCUCUCAAACCCGGUCGCUCGUUCUUUUCCGGCCUCCCAUAUGGGAAGUGGGACCUCGAACGCGGUCUCCGGCUCUGCUUUGCUUCCUUUGGCUUGUCUUUGUGCCCAGGUCUAGCCGUGCCCUCCUGCAGAGGCCAGUGCCAGGUAUCGGCGGCCGGCGUGUACGGGAGGGGGUUGGGCCGUGCCUAGCGAGCCCUGUCUCCUAGUACAACGAGGCCGUGUUCUCCCGAGCCGAGGGCCCCAACUCCGCUCUUGGCAGCAGAGCGGGCCCGGGAGCCGUCCGGCUGCUGCCAGCUGCAAAUGCAGGCCGGCCCGACGGGAGGGCAGGACCCGGAGCCUGACCCGAUGGGAAGGGAGUACGCGGAGCCCGGCCCUGCGGGAGGAGAGCACCCGGAGCCCGGCCCCGCUGUCGUGGAUGCAGUGAGGCCCCGUGUCCCCGGGCCGUCCGCGCGGGAGGAAGAGGAGGAGGGUGGCCCGGGCCCACUCGGAGAAGCACGAGACCCCCGCUGCUCUGGGCCUGAGAAGGCGGGCCCAGUCCGCCCCUGCGCCCCAGGCCCGGCCUCCCCUGCGGGCCCAGCGCUGUCCCGGGAGGAGGGGGAGGCCCCGGAGCCGUCCCGCGCCGUGUCUCUUUCCGAGAUUCUGCGGCUGGUGCAGCAAGGCCAGGACAUCCCCGGGCUGGAGAAGCUGCACAUCACGGCCACCUGCAGGGAGCCCACCGCCUCGCGAAUCCCCCGGAGACCCAAGCCUUGGGAAACCAGGCUGCCAGCCGGUCCCGCCGUCCCCUCGCCCUAGACCCCCUGGCUAGACUAGACCCCUUCCCCUCGAACCCCUACUGCCGCUGCCGAGCCGCUUGGCCACCAGACUGGCUGGGUGGGGACAUACCUUGUGAAUCCAGCCGCCAGCAGUCUGUAUUCAUUCAGAAAACAUUUAAGCCCUUACCCUGUUGCCAGGCGCUCCCUUGGAUUGCAUAGCUUGGGAGUGAGGGGGUGGUUGGGUACCCUCCCCUCCUGAGCGAAGGAAGAGCAUUAAUGGAAAGGGCACCAGACUUAGCUGAGACACCACUACAUAGCGAGAGCAAAUCAGUUCGCUUCUGAGCCAGUUUCCUCCAUACAAGUGGGGUGAGCUUGCACUACCUACCUGGAAGGGUUGGGAUGUCGAAACUGCUUGGCUGACCUUAAAGCACUGUAUUAAUAUGAACCAUGAUUAUCUGAACCGAAGCUUCGGUUUCUGUUGCAUCGAAGACAAGCUAAAACUUUUAUUAGCUUGAGGACAGCUAUUGAAGGCGAUGGAUUGAAGUACCUUACCCCCCACCUCCCCCAAAAGAUGCUUCCUGAGCUACAGAAACUUGACAACUUUUGAAGCUACAUAUAGAGGAUUUUAUAAAUUUCUCAGAUAAUCCACAGUACAAAAGACAAACGUUCUAAAACCAGUGUGGCCAAUAUGAAAACCCACAAUUUGACUUUCAAGAGCUUGAUAACCAGCAGUCUUGGUCAUUUCCAAAUGGAAUUUACAUUGUGAUUAUGAAAUUACAAUAAAUGAUAUACUUAACUUA